CAAGGUGCCCAGUGAACACACACUUAAAAGGAAGGUGAAUGAGGCUGCCUAAUCCACAACUACAGGUCUAACAUCCAGCAGUCUGAUUUAUAUCUCUGAAGACCUCAUCUCCACAAGGAAGACCAGUCAAGUAACAAAAGCCAUGAAGUAAACAGGGUCCUGCUUUCCUUCCAUCCCACACCUUUAAUACGACAUGUAAGACUUCACCAGUAUUUCCACCUAUGAGAUCUAUAGUCAUAAGACACUGUAAUGGCUCGUGAGCUAAAUUUGACCACUCAGAAACAAGAAUUUAUUAAAGAGUCUUACCUCAAAGAGAUGCAUACGCGAAUCAACUGGUGGCGGCAUUAUAGAAAGAACUUGCAGCCUGCCCCACGGUUAAAACCAGAAGCCAAUGUGAGAGAUGAUAUCAAGCUGCCAACUAUUACUGGUCCAAGCAUUCAAGCGAAGGUAGACAAUAAAAACGGCUUGAACAUCCACAGUGUCCAAAAUCUGAGGGACGGUAAAUGGAGUGAUCAAAUAGAAACUAGCCCUACAGAAUCCGAGAUGAAACCAGUCAGUCCUGGAACACGAAGUCUUCUCUACCACGGCACAUCUAAGGAGGGAAAAGGGAGGUACCACUACUUGAAGAUAAGGAAUAGCUUUGGACCAGAUGAGAAAUACUGCUAUCCUAUAGCAACAAGUUGGAUCUACGGGUGGCAUUUCGCAGGUAAUCUCAUAGACAACAGCUGCCCCCAAUACCGACGUUGCCGUAUUGUGAGUGACACCUUCUACAGGAAGAAUGGUAUACUCGCUCAGCCAAACCAUACAGACAUGGCCUUGUAACCUUAGAGAGGUUUUCAGUAUUUCCUAAGUUGUCAUUUGUUGCUUUGUAAGAUGGCAGUAUCACCGGGGACAGUCUUAUCCUCAUUUUGAUGUGUAAUUAGCUGGCAAUAACAUAUUAGAAACAGCAAAUGGCUUCAGUUUUGUGUAAUAAUUAUAAGUUAAUGAUGCUCUGUGUUCAAAUCUUACUUUAUGUAAAAUGUGACUAUAAACCACCAAAUGUUAUAUACAAUCUUCAGAGGGCACAAGUGGAACACCCCAAUAGCUGCAGCCAUCAGUGUUGGCACCAGAAUUUUUGUAUUUGAAGAAUGUCCCAUAGCCAUCUGGACGGUGGUUCUCUGAGACCUUCAACUCUGCAGUGUUAUAAUUGGAAUAUCAAGUCUUCAGAUCUUGUUUGGAACAUAUAGAAGACAUACUACCAUGAAAACUAGCAUAUAUUUUAGUAUACAGUAGAUAUUAUUGUUUUCUGAGCAUGACCCAAGUGUGCAUGUCCAUAUAUAUAUGGUUAGGACACUAUUUUGUACAUUUUCUUAAACAGGUAUGUGAUAAAUACUAAUCAAAAUGCGCCAGAAGUCUAGAGUAAUCCGUGCCAACAAAACUGGUAUACACGCUUUGCACCACAUUUAUUGUUUUAGAGACUUUUUCAUCCCCAUCUGACAAGGGUGUGUAGUCUACCAGAAAGGGGAUGUGACUUAAAAUGCAACAAAGUUCGCCAAACAAAAGUGCAACGUUUUUGCCGCACAAUUCUGGGGUAAGAUAAGCCAACUAUUAGAUGGUAUAACCUUAGACUAGAGGUGUAGCAGAUGUAUCAUCGAGCGUCAGCCACUUUCAAUAAAGGGGUUGCCCAGCCGUUAAUAUUGAUGAUCUAUUGUCAGGAUAGGUCAUCAAUAUCAGAUCAGAGGUGGUCCGUCACCCGACACACUGCAGAUUAGCUGUUUGAAGAAGAGGUGGAGCUCCAUGUGAGCACGGCUUCCUCUUCAUUACACUGCACUUCGUCUUGGAAGUGAGGUGUAAUACCAGUGCCCACUGCAUUCAAGUGAAUGGAGCGACUGCUUGUAAUCACACUACACCACCGCUCCACAGGAGACGAGGUGUAGUGUGAAGACCACAUGGAGGCGCUCACAUGGAGUCCCGAUCUGAUAUUGAUGACCUGGCCUCAGUGGUCACAUAUGCUUGAAUAGCACAUC